AUGGGUAAAUUAAAGAAGGGAAGAAGAAACCAGAGGGCCAGACAUAAUCCGAUAGGCAAAAAAGGUCAAAAUGGUGUAAGUGAUGGUGGUGAAGCCAAGAAAGAUGAAACUACCAGAAACAACAGAAUCUUACCAUUGAUUGAAAAAUUACUGUCUUCGAGUACCAAUGACAGGUCUAUGGCAUUGGGGGCUAUAACUGUUCUUUGUGAAGACAACAGAAUGAGAAAGUUGUUGUUAAAAGAGAAACUCGUUCAAAUUAUCAUGGAACAAUGCCUAAACGACAAUAGUGAUGAGGUUGUUGUCGAAGCUUUUGGCUUAUUGAGAAACAUCGGUAUUGAUGAGGGAUAUGACAUUUUGAAAUAUUACUGGAGAUCCAACAUUUGGAUCACCAUUGAGAAUUCGUUGAAGAAGGUACAAGAGUCCUUUAAAUACUUGCAACAACCACCUUCCAAAGAAUUGACCAAGAAACAAAAGGAGGACGAGAAAUCGAAACAGCAGUUACUAUUUGAUUUCACAGAACACUUAUUAUCGUUGGUUGUUGUGAUAGCCAGUGGAUCUGAUGACCUUUAUGACAUGGUAUUUGAGAAGCUUGAACCUGUAUUGAACUUGGCGAUUGACUUGAUCAACUUCAAUAUAUCUUCAAACAAGUUAUCAAUUAAAUUGUUCAACACCUUAUUGGAUUUCAUCUAUGAAUUUUGCAGUGAAUCGAAUGAGUUCAUCCAAAAAUUGGCCACUUCCAACUUUUCAUUAGAGUCUGUGAACACUUUUGUCCACUCCGAAUCUCAAAAGUCCAACAAUUUAGGCAAAGCCUAUGUUGGAGGUAUAACGUUCCAUAUCAAUGAGGUAAUGAAAAUGAAUUCAAGCAAGAAUCAGGUUUGCCAUAAGAUCUUAUCGAGUCUUUUCAACAAUCUCACUACUAUAGAUUUGGAACAAUUGAAAAGUGACUUGAAUUCCAAGGACAACGCAAAUGAACCACUUUAUGCAUCAGCGCCAGAAAUCACACAAGAUAUAGACCAACAAAUUGCUGGUUCGUCGGCAGAGAAGGACUUGGCCAAAGCAAAUCUACAAAAUAUCGAAAUUGUCUUGGAUUUGACUACUAGUGUGUUUGAGUAUUUGGCAAUUAACGAAAAUUUCGAGGAACCACCAGAAUUAUCACCAGAGUUGAUCGAGUUAAUCUUUAAAGUGAUAGUUCCUUCCAUUAUAGAGUUGAUCAAAUUCAACCAGGCCAACGAAAAUAUUCUUUCAUUAUCUGACAAGUUAAUUGUCUGCUUGAAUAACUUGGCCUGGUUGUUGUUAUCGCUGGAAUCAUUGCCUGUUGAAUGGUUCAACGUUUCACUGGCCAUUUGGGAUUUGACCAUAGAAGUUUCUCAAACUGACGAUGAGUUAUUACAAAAGGAUUGUUUAAAUCUACUCUGGGCUAUCACUAAAGCAUUAGGACCCGAAAUCAAGUCCAAAAUUGAUCCACAAAUGAUUAACCAAUUGAUUCAAAAAUGCAAUGAUUACAUCAGUGACUGGACAAGUGGAAAUUUUAAUCCGGAUCACUUGGAAUACUACUUGGCUAUUAUUGGAUUUUCCGGGUCCGUGGCAAUAAUCAUUGACAACACUACAGUCACGUAUCAAAUUUCGGAAUUUCUUUUAAGAACUAUUGAGGUGUUCAUACUGGUUCACAACCUUCCAGCUGCCGUUGAACUCGUGUUGGAGAGCUUGAAUCUUAUUUUUGAAAUUUUUGGCGACAAGUCGUAUGCCUAUGACAACGAAAUCUACGUCCAGAAGCAGUACAACCAGAGAUUAAGACAAUAUGAGUUACCUGCCAAGGAGAUGUACAAAAAAAUUGACAAGCACAAGUAUGCUGAAUUGAAAAUCAAAGGCGAGGAAACCUUCAUCAAUAUUGGUCGGUUCAUACAGUACAAAGAAAGUGAACAAUAA